GCCUGCUUUUCUUCUUCGUCAACAUCCUCCUCACAUAUCCAUCGUUCUUUGUUCACCCAUCUCUCUCUCUCCCCAAUUCUUCACAUUUCUUCAAUCUUUAAACACAUACACACAUUAUAUUCAUUCCAAUAUUACAUUUUUCAUGAUUCUAUCAUACUAUUUCAAAAAAAAAAUCCAAUCUUUAUCCUUCUCAAUGAAAAAAGACGAAGAAAUUGGGUGAAUUUUUGCAUUCUUCACCAUUAGAUAUUGAAAAUGGCAUUGAAUUCAAGUGGGUAUUGAAGAAUUAUGGCUAAAGAUUGAUAAUUAUGCAGUUUUUGUUGAAUCAAGAUUAGGGUUUGUUCAUAUUCUUGUUUUGGAAUUGGGGAUGUUGAAUUUGGAUAAUUUUGAUGAUAUUGUGAAAUGGGGUUGAUCUUUUUGAGGCCCUAAUUGAGGUGUGUAUAGAUCUAAGGUGGGAUUAUUGUUAUUAUUAUUAUUAUUAUUAAGGUGAUUGAAGAAAUAAUAUUAUGGAUAAUAUUGUUGGUGGGAAGUUUAAGCUUGGAAGGAAAAUUGGGAGUGGAUCCUUUGGUGAACUUUAUUUAGGUGUCAAUGUUCAUAGUGGUGAAGAAGUUGCUGUUAAACUGGAACCCGUCAAGACGAGGCAUCCUCAACUUCAUUAUGAAUCAAAAAUAUAUCGGCUUCUCCAAGGAGGAACGGGAAUACCAAGCCUCAAGUGGUUUGGCGUUGACGGAGAGUACAAUAUAAUGGUCAUUGACCUUCUUGGACCGAGCCUCGAAGAUCUUUUCAAUUAUUGCAAUCGAAAAUUCACCUUGAAAACGGUCUUAAUGCUUGCAGAUCAGUUGUUAAACAGAGUUGAGUACAUGCAUGCAAGGAGCUUUCUUCACCGUGACUUAAAGCCUGACAAUUUUCUUAUGGGCCUCGGUCGCAAGGCUAAUCAGGUGUACGCGAUUGAUUUUGGGCUUGCAAAAAAAUAUAGGGAUCUUCAAACUCAUAAACACAUACCGUAUAGGGAAAACAAGAAUCUCACUGGCACAGCUCGCUAUGCUAGUGUCAACACGCACCUUGGAGUCGAACAAAGUAGGCGGGAUGAUCUUGAGUCUCUCGGUUAUAUUCUUAUGUAUUUUAUAAGAGGAAGCCUUCCUUGGCAAGGACUCAAAGCAGGAAACAAGAAGCAGAAAUACGACAGAAUUAGUGAAAAGAAAGUGUUGACUCCGGUAGAGGUAUUAUGUAAAUCAUAUCCAUCGGAGUUCAUAUCAUACUUUCACUAUUGUCGAUCACUAAGGUUCGAGGAUAAACCCGACUAUUCAUACCUGAAGAGGCUUUUCCGCGAUUUAUUCAUUCGUGAAGGCUAUCAGUUUGAUUAUAUAUUUGACUGGACUGUAUUAAAGUAUCCUCAGAUCAAAGGACGGCAUACUAGCGGUAACGCAGGAUUAAAUACUGUAACAGGGGCCGAAAGGCAUGGAAGAAGCCCAGGUGAACAGGAUUCCCGUGCAUUAGACGCGUUCCCCAGGAGAAACCCGGGAACAGGUGGCCGUUACGAACAUACACGACACCGCACCUCGGAAGAUUUGCCUUCAUCAAAGGAAGUGCAAGCUGAUUCUGAAAAAGUCCGAUCAACUCGAAACGGAGGCACGUCAAGGUACGCGGGUCACUCGGGAACCAGACCAAGCUCAUCAGGUGAACCUACAGAAGGCCCGUCAAGCCGGGUUGUGUCAAUCAUUGGGCCCCGCACAUCUACUCAUAGACCAAUGGGCUCUGAGACGAAAUCGUCAGGGUUCAGUCGUGCCACAAGGGUUGGCCGGGAAGACCCGCUUAGAAGCUUUGAGUUUCUCCAAAUCAGGAAAUAAACAUAAAAGCUUUGAGCUUUUGUGUUCUUUCGGCUUUCUCUUCAUCUUUUUAAUGAGAUUUCGGGUCGCAAAUGACUCGUGUACUAAUUAUGGUUAUCGAUACUAUUUGUAAUGUUACGUUUGAAAUACGAUGGUUAUUAUUAUCUUGAGUUUGUGUGUUUUUGGACU